CAUCCUGCUCAUGCUUGUGUUUUUUUUUUCUUCAGUGAGGAUCUGUGACAGCUUUUGCAGCUUUCCUGCUGCCAGAUUUGAGCAUCUUUCACUAUGACAGAUCCGAUCUGCACGUGUUUGAAUGUUACAGUGAUUCUGGACCGACUGAUGCAGGGAUAUGAGGAAUAAGGAGUAAAAAAAAAAGUGGGGAUGCUGGUUGCUCUCGCGGGACAUCGCACUUGUUUGUCGCCCUCAGCGAGGGGCUGGAGGUGGAGGGUGGUGUGUGCAUAUGUCAGUGUGUGUAUGUAGAGGAGUCAUCGGGCUGUUUUGGCAUUUGCUGCGGCUCAGCUGUGAAGCCUCUCCCCCCCUCCUCCUCCUGCCUUCUGAGGAGCGAAGCUGCCUCUCUGCCUCUGCCCACCUUCACAUGGUGCAAGUUUAUCUCUACAUGGGUCUGAGCUCCAGCACCAGAGCCUCCGCCGACACAGAGUCCAGCUGCAGCCCUCGGCCUCUGGCUACCGGGCAGCAGACAGACCUCUCGCCUUCCCCUCCUGCGGGGAAGAAGACAUCAUGGAGGAAUCUUUGGCCACAGCCCCAGAUUCCAGCACUCAAGAUGAUGUGCCUCCACUGGUUGUGAAGGAUGUUAACGUGCUUCUUGAACGAGAAAGGUCAGGUGGCAUCAGCAGCCCGUCCAGAGACGACGACUCCACUCUGCAGAACCAGGGCACCCACAGCAGCAUCCUUGAUGACAACACAAAGUCCAGUGCAGGUCUCCCAGAGGGGAGGAGUAAGUCCAGUGGCCUUUGCUUCAGUGAUGGAAAGAGCCGCAUCGAUUACAUCCUGGUCUACAGGAAAUCCAGUUCACAGUCAGAGAAAAGGGAAGUAUUUGAACGGAACAUCCGUGCAGAGGGCCUGCACAUGGAAAAGGAGGCCUCGUUAACAAACAGUGAUGUGAUCUUCCUGAAGCUUCAUGCACCGUGGGAUGUUCUCUGUCGCUAUGCAGAGCUCAUGAACAUUCGCAUGCCUUUCAGGAGGAAAAUCUUCUACAUGCACCGACGGCACAAGUUUAUGAGCAGGAUGGAGAAGCGCAUCAACAAAUUCCGCGGCUGGCUUCCCCGCAAGCCCAUGAAGUUCGACAAUGACAGGCUGCCCGACCUGGAGGAGAACGAGAGCUUUACCGCCCCCUUCAGUCGAUCGAGGAUCCAUCAUUUCAUCAUCCACAACAAAGAUACAUUUUUCAACAACGCCACCAGAAGUCGCAUCGUUCACCACAUCCUCCAGCGGGUCAAAUAUGAGGAGGGGAAAACUAAGAUGGGGCUUAAUCGUCUUUUGAGCAAUAAUUCAUACGAGGCAGCUUUCCCCCUUCAUGAGGGGAGCUACCACAGCAAAAACUCCAUCAGAACGCACGGAGCAGAAAACCAUCGGCACCUCCUGUACGAGUGCUGGGCUUGGUGGGGGGUUUGGUACAAGUACCAGCCGCUGGAUCUAGUCAGGAGGUAUUUUGGAGAGAAGAUCGGACUGUACUUCGCCUGGCUCGGCUGGUACACGGGGAUGCUGUUUCCUGCAGCUCUAGUUGGCCUGCUGGUAUUUCUGUAUGGGCUUUUCACUCUGGAGCACUGCCAGGUCAGCAAAGAAAUCUGCCAGGCCAACGACAUCAUCAUGUGCCCCAUCUGUGACCAGUACUGCCCGUACCUGAGACUGUCAGACAGCUGCAUCUACGCCAAGGUCACCCAUCUAUUCGACAACGGGGCGACUGUUUUCUUUGCUGUGUUCAUGGCUGUUUGGGCAACGGUCUUCCUGGAGUUCUGGAAGAGACGCAGAGCUGUCCUCGCAUAUGACUGGGACCUCAUUGACUGGGAAGAAGAGGAGGAAGAAAUACGCCCACAGUUUGAGGCCAAAUACUCAAAGAAGGAGAGGAUGAACCCUAUAUCUGGAAAACCUGAACCUUACCAGGCCUUCUCUGACAAAUACAGUCGCCUCAUCGUUUCCACAUCUGGAAUAUUCUUUAUGAUAUUGGUGGUGAUUGCUGCCGUGUUUGGCAUCGUCAUUUACCGAGUUAUCACUGUCAGUACCUUUGCUGCCUUCGGCUGGGCUCUCAUCAGGAACAACUCUCAGGUGGCGACCACAGGCACGGCAGUCUGCAUCAACUUUUGCAUCAUCAUGCUCCUUAACGUGCUUUAUGAAAAAGUUGCUCUGCUUCUUACCAAUUUAGAGCAACCGAGGACAGAGUCUGAGUGGGAGAACAGCUUUACUUUCAAGAUGUUCCUUUUUCAGUUUGUCAAUCUUAACAGUUCAACUUUCUACAUCGCCUUCUUUUUGGGAAGAUUCACAGGUCGACCUGGUGCAUAUCUGCGUCUCAUAAAUCGCUGGAAACUGGAAGAAUGCCAUCCUAGUGGCUGUCUCAUUGACCUCUGUAUGCAGAUGGGAAUCAUCAUGGUGCUAAAACAGACGUGGAACAACUUUAUGGAGCUCGGCUACCCACUGAUGCAGAACUGGUGGACGCGGCGGAGACUGAGGAGAGAACACGGCCAAAAUGCAAAGGCCGGCUUCCCACAGUGGGAGAGGGAUUUUAACCUGCAGCCAAUGAAUGCCUAUGGACUGUUUGAUGAAUACCUGGAGAUGAUUUUACAGUUUGGCUUUACCACCAUCUUCGUGGCAGCUUUCCCUCUGGCCCCUCUCUUGGCGCUGAUCAACAACAUCAUCGAGAUCCGUUUAGACGCUUACAAGUUUGUCACACAGUGGCGACGCCCUCUGCCAUCACAAGCCAAAGACAUAGGGAUCUGGUAUGGCAUUUUGGAGGGCAUCGGCAUCUUGUCCGUCAUCACCAACGCCUUUGUGAUCGCCGUUACCUCGGACUUCAUCCCUCGCCUUGUUUACGCCUACAAGUACGGACCCUGCGCUGGUCAGGGCCGAGCAGGGGAGGGGUGCAUGAUGGGUUAUGUCAACGCCAGUCUCUCAGUUUUCCGGGUGUCAGAUUUUGAGAGGAGGUCGCACCCCAGGACGAAUGGCUCGGAGCUGUUUGGAGAAGCUGUGAAGUACUGCAGGUAUCGUGACUACAGGGAGCCUCCAGAUUCUUCCGAGCCUUACUCUUACACUCUGCAGUUCUGGCACGUCCUGGCAGCCCGGCUGGCCUUCAUCAUUGUUUUUGAGCAUAUGGUCUUUGCCAUCAAGACUCUGAUCGCGUACCUGAUCCCCGACCUUCCCAAGGACCUGCGAGACAGAAUGCGCAGGGAGAAAUACUUGAUCCAGGAGAUGAUGUAUGAGGCUGAGCUGGAGAGACUGCAAAAGGAGAAAAACGAGAAGAAGAAGAAAGACAGGGUCCACCAUAAGGAAUGGCCCUGAACUCACCAACAGGUAGUCAGCAGGUCUUUGGUUUUCACAGCACAGCAGAGGGAGAGUGCCGGGUUUCCUGCAUGUACUGGACUCUCAUCCCUUCCUCCUGCUAUGUCAGACCAGCCCCUCCUGUUGGACAGUUUCUGAACUGCAUCUAGCUCACCGUAACACAGUGACUUUGGAGCCCAUGUCUGCAAAACUAAGAGAAGUGCUCUGGAACAUUUGGCAGUGGAAUUUGCUACUUUUUCCCCUCCAGUUUGGACUCUCAGCAGGGUACAUCUUCAGAUCCUGAAUGUAGAUUUUAAGCAAGAUGAAACUUUUCCACAUUUUCUGUUUUAGAUGAGAGGACCUACUCUCCUGAGCUUACUAGGUAACAAACCCUGUUUACAUUUCUUCUUGCUAAGGGAGUUCACAUUUUGCUUUACUGUAAAUAAAUGUAUUUAAAUGAAUGUCAGGCUUAUAUGCUCUGCUAUAGUGUAGUGCAAGAAAAAUAAAGUAAUGUAAAGACCUAUUCUAUCAAGGCUAUGGCACUGUCCACAGUUUGCCUAUAUUGGAAAUGCUUUCCACUUGAAUUUAGAUUGAUAA